AUGAAGAUCACCAUCACGCCCGCUUGUGCGCUUCUCUGCCUUCUUUCGAGUGCCCCUUGUGUGUCGGCUAGAAACUUUACCGCUCCUGUUCAUGGCUCUGAUCCGACCAAAAAUCACAUCAAGACCGCAGCCAAUUUUGACAGUAAAGGUGUGAAGAUGGAAGUUUGUCCAUCUGGCGACUGCAAGACUGGCAAGUUUAUGCAGCUGACAGUCACAAGUCUAACAGAGCUGGACUCGAAAGGAGUAAAGGUGGAGUCAGUCACUACUUUCAAGCCAAAAGAUAGCGAUUGGACUGCCAUAGCGGAGGAAACAGUCAAUGGCGUUUCAGUUUCAUCAACGACGUUUGUAUCCACAGUUGAGGUUGGCACUACUAAAACUCCAGUGGGAUUCAAUCUUACCGCUAAAAUCUUUCAAGGCAAUGCCACUGUAUUGUACGGCAGUCAAAAUUUGUCCGUGCCCGCAGGAUCUCUUAAAUUUACCGUGGAUAUGGGCAUUUGGCCAUUUGCUAAUCUUGCCAAUACGUUAUCUCUUGCUAUCAAGCUCGACGCUAAAGGGCCGAAAGGCUCAGAUAUCGGAAAGCCGGCUAAGAAGUUGCAGGCAAGCAGUGGCAAAAACACUACCGUCCAACGUGUUUCUAUGGGAGAUUCCAUGUUCAUGGACGCUCCAUCCAUCGUCAUUCUCGAUGGUGUAGAAAAGAAUGUGACCAAUUCGUCUGUUGUCACAGUUGGUGCUGAUACUUUUUUCGAAUGGGUUUUCCCAAAUUUUGCGAAGACUCUGCACUAUGACCCUGUGCUCGGUGAUGAAAGCGUCAGCACUAGUACGAGCACUAGCAACGGUAGCAACACCAACUCGAGUAGCGGUAGUAGUAAUGACGGUGGGACCACGCCUACUCCUGCUCCUUCUUCAUCCGCCGUAACACUAUCGAUCUCGAGCCUUGCGGCUGCUGGAUUUGCUGUUUUUGCCUACAUCCUAUACUAG